AUGGAUCGUCUCGGAACCGGUUCGUUGUCUUCCAAGACCCUACAACGUGGGAUGGACCUUGCGAACCAGCCUCUGGCUAACCUCCUGGGGGUGAAAGAGGAACCGACGGAUGAUGACGAAGCUGAAAUGCAAGCUGAAAUCCAGGACAUCUUCCAGGAGUUGAUGGCCCAGGGUCUGAAUGGAGGCUCCAUCCCCGUCGAGGACGACGACGAGGACCAAGAGGCGCAGGCCUAUGAGAUGGGCUAUAUCCUUUUAUCCCUGAAGAUGGCAUUUCCUGCCACACAGCGGCAGCUCAGCUAUUCUCAGUGUUCACAGGAUGCACAGCCAUUGGAGGUAGCAGAACUCCCAGAAGAGCUGAUGCAAGAAAAGCCUGCAGAACUUCAGCAGCACCGGACCCAAGACAAGCCCGCAGAACUCCCACAACCGAAGCAAGACAAGCUCACGGGAAUCCAAGUGCAGCCCACAGAACUCCAGCAGCCGAAGCAAGACAAGCCCCCAGGAAUCCAUCAGGUGCAGCCCACAGAACUCCAGUCGAAGCAAGACACGCCCCCAGGAAUCCAUCAGGCGCCGACGCCCACAGAACUCCAGCAGCCACAGCAGAAGCAAGACAAGCCCGCAGGAAUCCAUCAGCUGCAGCCCACAGAACUCCAGCAGCCGAAGCAAGACAAGCCCCCAGGAAUCCAUCAGGCGCCGACGCCCAGAGAAGUCCAGCAGCCGCAGCCGAAGCAAGACAAGCCCGCAGGAGUCCAUGAGGUGCCGAAGCCCACAGAACUCCAGCAGCAGCCAAUGCAAGACAAGCCCGCACGAAAAAGGGAUUUCGCAGCCAUGGAACUGCCUGCAACACAGCAUCCGGCCAAACGGUUUCGUGGCAAAACAACACCGACAGACUCAGAACAGCAUGCCAAGAAAGCAAACGAUGCAGAAGAAGUGCCACCUGUGCCGGCAGCUCCUUCCACCCACCAGUCGAAUGAUGAAGCCAAGCGAGCACCCACCGAGCAGCCGCAGAAAGCCAACGAAUCCAGCGCCACGAGCCAAGCCCCGACACCUGAGCAGCCGCAGAAAGCCGACGAAUCCAGCGCCACGAGCCAAGCCCCGACAACUGAGCAGCCGAAGGAAGGCGACAAAGCCUUCGCCACGAGCCAAGCCCCGACACCUGAGCAGCCGAAGGAAGCCAGCGCCACGAGCCAAGCCCCGACACCUGAGCAGACCGUGGCACCUGUGCCACAGCUACAGCAGCAGGCGGUGUCCAGACCAUCCGAUAGUGCAGUGGACAAACGAUUGCGACGAGUCAUGGCUCCCAACUCGGAGGGAGAAUAUCGGGUGAGUGAAGAGAUUCGGAAGCUUUGGGCAGACCCUGGCAAUGGCCGUGCGAAAGUGUUGAAACUUUUCGAAGAUUGCCAAUGGAACAAGGAGCUUUUCACGAAGCGCUACUCCCUGAAGACCUCUUUGGAGAAAGAGCACGAGGUAAGCAUCCCCUUCGACUACUUGUCCAAACAGGAAAUGGAAGAGGAGCGCAACAUGGAUCCGGAAGACAUCCUGAAUGUGAUUGCGAAGGCGGAGAAGGAUCCUGCCCGCUACUGCAGGUGGCAUGCCACCAAGAAGGGUGUACGAACGUACUAUGUGGAGGGGCGCGUGUCCGGUCAUCGCAAGCAGAUAAACCGUGCCGUCGUGAACGAAGAGCAAAGCUUCGAGGAUGGUUCGAUGCCGCAUAUCGAAAUGGACAUGGACCUCGAGGGGUGCACUUCCGCUGCUGCACGGGCUGCUGAGAACCCGGCCAGCAAAGUGGCAUUGGAGAAGGAGGUGCAGAAGAUGAUCAGCAAGAUACAAAGCCUUCGUGACGAGAUGGACUCAACGAGCGAAGAGCUGAGUGAUCUUCAGACACAGGGUGUCGUUGAUGGCUGGGAUGAGACACUCCGAUGCACUAAAGACCCCCCAAAUGGAAGUAUCAUAAUCUCUUCUACACCGAAAUAUGCAAAACACCCUAUGUCGGAGAUCUGA